UGUUAUUUCGAUUGAAAUUUUCUAAUGCUUAAUUAUCAUGUAUUAUUAUUUGAGUAUUUAAAUUCAUUCAGCUCUCUUAACACAGCAUAAUGUUAAAUCUUGCAGAAGUGAGCCAACUCUGUCCACAACCACAGAUGCUACCAGUAUCCACCCCUCUAUCACCUCUGCCAGCUCUCAUGCCCUUCACAGUGCCUGUAUUGAGGUCACUCCUGAAAAACGAAGUGAGCCAACUCUGUCCACAAUUACAGAUGCUACCAGUAUCCACCCCUCUAUCACCUCUGCCAGGUCUCAUGCCUUUCACAGUAGCAGUAUUGAAGUCACUCCUGGAAAACGAAGUGACUUGGUUCAGCCAACACUGUCCACAAUCACAGAUGCUACCAGCAUCCACCCCUCUGUCACCUCUGCCAGGUCUCAUGCCUUUCACAGUAGCUGUAUUGAGGUCACUCCUGGAAAAAGAAGUGACUUGGUUCAGCCAACACUGUCCACAAUCACAGAUGCUACCAGCAUCCACCCCUCUAUCACCUCUGCCAGGUCUCAUGACUUUCACAGUAGCUGUAUUGAGGUCACUCCUGGAAAAAGAAGUGACUUGGUUCAGCCAACACUGUCCACAAUUACAGAUGCUACCAGCAUUCACCCCUCUAUCACCUCUGACAGCUCUAAUGCCCUUCGCAGUACCGCGGUUGAGGUCACUCCUGAAAAACGAAGUGACUUGGUUCAGCUCUCUUAACACAACACUGUCCACAAUCACAGAUGCUACUAGUAUCCAACCUUCUAUCACCUCUGCCAGCUAUAAUGUCCUUCGCAGUACCUCUGUUGAUGUCACUCCUGUAAAACGGAAUUCACAAACAAAGAGAAGGGUGUCAACUCCUGCAGCAACAACUUCAUCACCCAGCCUUGAAGAAACCCUGAAAUUACAUGCUGAAGAGGAACAUCGUCUGAAAAUAGGGGAACAUCGUCAGAGAAUGAAGUUCCUUGAAGACGAACAGAGGAUCAAACUUGGUUACCUCGAGGAACAGCAAAAGGUCAAGAUGGAGAUACUACAAAUGAAGAAGAAAGUGCAGCAAAGGAAACUAGAUCUCAUUCAAAACCAGCAAGAUACUAAUUAA